CCCAAGUAGAUUCUGCAGUAGAGGACACCUUAGGUGUGAAAUAGCCAGUUGCGUCCAGCCGCUCCGGUGGCCCAUUUUUUUCGGAGCCGCUGUGAAGCCCGCCAUGGCGCACUCAAAGGCUGGUGUGGUGAUCAAGAAUACAUUCUUGGAGGUCGGAGAUCACAUACCAUCUCUCCAUGAUUGGCGACGGCAGCUGUCAGAGCCCGUAAAGAUCUACACCAGUCCAAAUGAGGCAGACGAGGAGGAUCAAGAUGAGAGUGCCGAGGUUCCUGAGGAGAUGCCCCCCUUGCCUUUCUCGAUGGCUCCACCCUCCACUUCCUCGACCAAUCCUGGGCCACAGGUGACGGCCGUACCGCCCGGUGCCAUUCCUCAAUCACCUGGCUUUGAUGCUUCACCUCCACCCUACGUGCCUCGACAGGUGCGAGAACAAGGCAAGGUGUCCCGAAGCGGUCAGGGCAUCAACGCCUUGAAAAAUAACGACAUCACCAGCAAGGAGCCGCCUUGGAAUGAUGUCACCACCGUGAUGAUGCGGAACCUGCCGAACAAGUAUCGACAACAAAUGCUGCUGGAUGAGCUGGCUGAUGCGGGCUUUCGAGUGCAGUCCGACUUCGACUUUUUCUACUUACCGAUGGACCACAGCAACGCUGCAAAUCUUGGCUAUUGUUUUAUCAACUUCACCGAGCCUGCGCUGGCCAACUCUUUUGCCGCCUCCUUCCAAGGUAAGAAGAUGCGCCGCUUCAAUUCCCACAAAACCGUUGUGGUGAUGCCUGCAUCUAUUCAAGGAUAUGACAGGAACUACAAGUACUAUUCUUCCACUAGAGUUGCGCAGGCAGAGGACCCAGCUUACCGACCUUUGUUCUUGAGACACCCUGAUCCAGAUGCACAGGACAAGAAGGGUGGCGGUCGAGGCAAAGGUGGAGAUCGCAUGAAAGGAGGGAAGAAGGGUGGCCCGAAGGGAAACUCCAAAGGAGCUCAGGAUGGGAAGGGCGUAGAGGCUUUCUCAUGCCUGGCCUUCAUGGGCUUGGAAGAAUCUGGCCCACAGGGCGAUUGGUCGAUGGGAGCGGAACAGAUGCCCUGGCAGCCACAGCCCAUGAUGUCAGCGGGAUUCCCUGGCUGUGGCGGCCCCGGCGGCCCCUGCGGAAGGAGUGGGAAUACCUUGACCUGCCACAACUGUGGUAACGUUUGCUCAGCUGAGCACAGGUUCUGCUCGGCGUGCGGAGCUCCGGUGGUGGUGAAGAGUGGUAGCGCAGGUGGCUCCCCGCCCAACAUGGGCCAGAAAGGCGGCUGCGCAGGACCACCCAUGAAUGGCAUGAUGGGCUGCCCCAUCAUGAUGGGCUGCGGAGGCUGCGGAGGCUGCGGACCCUGUGGACCUUGCGGCUGUGCCAUGAACAUGCGGGCCGAUGCGCCAACCUUCAUGCCGUACAUGGAGGCAGAGGAGCAAGAGAGCCACAGCCACACCCCACAGCCUGCUCAGUUCACCGACACGGUGAGCAACGAACUGGAUGUGAUGCGUGGACGUUUGAUGCUCAUUGCCGCAUUGAAGGAUAUCGAGCAAAGAGACUCCGACAAUGCACGCGAAAAAGAUGGACAUGUGGCUUGGUUGGCCUGAAGCAACAAGAACACUGGAUUUCUAAGAAGGCCCACGUCGUACGUUUCAGAGGCGAGGGAAAGAACCUUGCUGGAAAUGCUGAAACUUACAGUGAGGCUCUACGUCUGGCAAAGACUAAAUCUCUGUACUUUGUGCCGCUCCGCUGUUGGUCUUCGUUUCUGAAUUUCUUGGCACACUGUUUUGUUUGAAACACUUGCCAUGGAGCUGUACCCAGUCAACAAGCAUUGUCGCUUUUGGUUCGAUGGCCAAUCCACCUCUUUGACCUUUGCCAUGUGUGCGGUCGACUUUCUCCAAAUUCUCCGCAUUCACUCUAGCAUUCAGCGGCGCGUUCGCACGUUUCUACUAUGAAAAAUGCUCCCGACCGUCUGGGGUGACACACCAAGACCGAAACAUCGCUUCGCUCGGUCUGCGCUGCCCCC